CAUAUAAACAGUGACCUGUCAGACGCUACCCUCAGUCACACUGAAGCCAACUCGCACUUUCCAACGACAUUGAGCCAGUCAGCAAACAGAAAUACAGAAAUCAUGAAGGUAUCGGCGAUUUUCCUCCUGUCUGUGGUGUCCUGCGCAUGCGCAGCCAUCCUCUGUCCUCCCAACUUCUGCGACUCGAUGCUGUGUGAGGAUAUGACGUCAGAGAACUGCGAGGGGCGUGUCCAGGAGGGCGGGUCCGUGUGCGGGUGCUGCGACACGUGCAUUUCUCAGAUCCCCCUUGGCCAGAACUGUCACCAGACCAUACUACUCGGAGUUCCAGCGACGUCAGAAUGCGAGCAGGGCACCAAGUGUGACUUCCAGUCCAUGAUGUGUAUCGCGAAGACCUGUGCUGAGUUGAAGGAAGAACAGGCCGCCAUGUUAACAGCCAUGGACCAACCGCUGUUUGGGGCUCACCUGCCCGACUGUGAAGCUGACGGCAGCUGGUCCGCGAAACAGUGCGCAGGGUCCAAGUGAGUGGACCGUUUUAAGUGUCUCACA